AAGCAAGCUGAGUUUCAACAAAGUCUGGCUGUUUUGUUUGUAGGAGAGAGGGAGGGAAAGGAGAGGGAGAGAGAGAGCUGGCGGUCAAAGAUCCGACAUCUCAGGCUGAGAGAGACGACCCAUCUUUUCUUCCUCUCGUCUCAAUCUUUUGUAGCAAUGCACAGCCAUGGUUUCUGCCUGUUGGGGGAAGAGAAGAGAAAUUACGGUCUCCUCUCUCUCUCUCCCCAACCCCUCCAAAUUACGCCUUCCCAAAUUAUGCAUUUUCAAGCUCUCUCCGCCGUGCCUCCGCCGCCGCCGCCGGGCGCCCCCUCUCGAUGAGAAAACUCAUCCCCGAUGCCCCCCCGCCCCUCCUGCCGUCCCCGCCCCAGCCCCCCCCGGAAAAAUUAUCCUCAUCUGACCCCCUCAAGGAAGAAUCCUUCCUCUAUCCAACGGUUCCCAUCCCCGACUCCCCCUUCGAUCUAGCCACCCUCUCUCUCGUCUCCCUCCUCCUCGUCCUCUCCCUCAUCUCCCUCUCCUUCGUCUUCCACCUCCGCCUCCGAUCCCGCCGAUCUCGCCAUCUCCAGAACUUCAACACGCUCUGCUCCAUCCGCACCCUCCUCGUCUUCUUCGUUUCCGCUUGGGCCAUCAACGAGGUCAUCCGCCUCCCGUUCUUCUACCGCCGCUAUCUCGGCCGUCUUCUCCCUUAUCUAACCGUCUCCCACGAGGACACCCUCUGCAAGAUCCAAGUCGUGCUCUCUCUCGGAUUCUUCGAGCCGGGCUUCCUCAUAACGCUCUUCUUCCUCCUCAACGUAUCGAUCAAGAAGCGCAGCUUGCAGGAUGAUUGGACCGUUCCCUACAUCAUCUUCUCCUGCUUUCCGGUCUUUCUGCUACAGAUACUCUUCGUGCUCCCUUCGCCCUUGAAAUCUCUCCUACCGAACGUUUUCCACACGAGCUCGGUUCUCACCGUCGGCGCUUCCGGUCAGAAAGAAUUGGUCUGCGCUUGUCCUCUGUCCAACACAAUAGUUUUCGCCGGAUUCGGAGUCGUCUACUCGCAAGGCUUCUUGUUCUCGUACUUGAGGAUCGUUUCUCUCGUGAUCAACAAGAGCACGAGAGGUCGGCUCCACGUUCUUUCUUUCACCGUCCUCGUGGCGCUGCCAUUGCAAGCCUUAUUGCUCGCCUGCACCUCUUUUUGGAGGCCGGGAACCGCCGCUUACGACGGCAUCAUGUUGGGAACGUUCAUCUGCGUGCUGUCAUGUGCGGCAGCGGGGGAGGGCAUUAUGGUCAUUAAGCCAAUCUCAGACGCACUUUCAGCUGGGGACGAGUGUUUGGGCCGGAAUUCACCGCCGACGGAGAAGUCGGAGAGGAGACCAGAGGAGGUUAAUCGGAAAGCGGCGAGCCAAUAAAAGAGGAUGGCACAAUGGUCUUUUCGAAUUGCUUUCAGGGGCACUUUGGUCAUUCUAUAACUCAUGCCCACUCACGUUGGCUCCAUGGCAGGACUAAGUCACGUUUGUAUCACUGUUUGUGGGCUGCUACGGUACAUCAGUUGCAUGCGGAAACAAUCAUGAGAUAAUGAUCAGAACAAUUUUGAACGGCAAGAUGGAGGGGGUUUGAACUUUGAUCUGUUGGACGUGGGAGAUUCGAUCUUGGGGCUCGGCGGCAUGAAUUUAUGAUAGAAAAAUAGAGAGUUUCAUUGGAGGAAUUAAACAAACAUUCUAAUUCUAAUAUAAUUACCGCCGUAGACUUGCAAUUACGCUAUCAUUCUUCUAUUUUUUUUUUAUUUUUUUUUUACUUCCACUGCCCCCUUUCUCACUCACCAUACUCUUAUCCUAUGAUUUUCUUUUUCUUUUUCACGUGAAUUG